AUGAUAGUAAAAGGACAACCCAAUUAUAAAAUAGCGGUCAAAAAGUUAAACAUAGAGGUAAAGCAGCGGCAGCGGGGGAAGACGGCGGCCGGUGCUCCGCAGCGGGCGUGGACCGUGGAGCAACUGCGCAGCGAGCAGUUGCCCAAGAAGGACAUUAUCAAGUUUCUGCAGGAACACGGUUCAGAUUCAUUUCUCGCAGAACAUAAAUUACUAGGAAACAUUCAAAAUGUCGCCAAGACAGCUAACAAGGACCAUUUGGUUACAGCAUAUAACCAUCUUUUUGAAAGCAAGCGUUUCAAGGGUACCGAAAGUGUAAGUAAAGUAUCUGAACAAGUGAAAAAUGUGAAGCUUAAUGAAGACAAACCCAAAGAAACCAAAUCUGAAGAGACUCAGGGUGAAGGUCCACGAAAAUACACAAAAUCUAUUCUUAAAGAAGGAGAUAAAACCAACUUUCCCAAAAAGGGAGAUGUCGUUCACUGCGGGUGUACAGGAACACCACAAGACGGGACGGUUUUUGAUACUAAUAUUCAAACAAGUUCAAAGAAGAAAAAAAGUGCCAAGCCUUUAAGUUUUAAGGCUGGAGUAGGCAAAGUUAUCAGGGGAUGGGUUGAAGCACUUUUGACUAUGAGUAAAGGAGAAAAGCCUCGACUGGAGAUUGAACCAGAAUGGGCUUAUGGAAAGAAAGGACAGCCUGAUGCCAAAAUUCCACCAAAGGCAAAACUUUUCUUUAAAGUGGAAUUAGUGGAUAUUGAUUGA